GGCCGUUUGGGUAAAACCCGGCGGCAGCUGCGGCACUCGGGGAUCACCGGUGGGGACAGCCAGUCCUGGAUGUCCCAGCCCUUCCCUUGGCCAGGCACAGCAAGGCACUGACCCAGAGCAGGAAAAAAGCAGUCUCAAGCCCCUGAGGGAGGAUGUGGGCUUACACCGUGGGCUUCACUGUCCUGCCCCACGUUGGAGGAUUCCUUGGCUGGUUCCUGAACAGGAAGGAGAUCCCAGAGUGGUAUGAGAAGCUGAAAAAACCUUCCUGGUGCCCGUCCCGCAGAGUGUUCCCUGUGGCCUGGACCAUGCUGUACACGGGCAUGGGCUACGCCUCCUACCUGGUGUGGAACGACCUGGGGGGCUGCAGCAGCAAGGCCAUCGUGCCCCUGGGGCUCUACGGGGCUCAGCUGGUGCUCAACUGGGCAUGGCCACCCUUGUUCUUCGGUGCCCACAACCUGAACAUGGCUGUGAUCGAUGUGCUGUGCCUGGACGGGCUGGCGCUGGGCACGCUGUGCUCCUGGUACCGCAUCAACCGGCUGGCAGCGCUGCUGCUGCUGCCCUACCUGGGCUGGCUGGCCAUGGCCACCUGCCUCACCAUCCGCAUCUGGAAGGACAACCCCCAGCAGAAGUCGGGCAAGAGCGACUAAAAUCCUUUUUUGUGUUGUUAACUGGCCUGAGGUGAAUGGAAUUUUCGGGGAAAAAAAAAGUGUGUUCACUUCGUUCCCCGCCGAGGGGGAGAGAGAAAUGAUGCAUGUGACUUUAUCUUGUUAGAAGGCUAAUUAAUUACUUCAUUUUAUAUUAUUAUUAUUCUAUAUUACAUUACAUUUAAAUUGAAUCUGCUAAGCACUCAAUUCUGGAAACAAAACACCGUCACUGUGGGGAAACAAACACCAUCACUGUGGGUGAAACAAACACCAUCACUGUGAUGAAACAAACACCAUCACUGUGGGUGAACAAUCCCCAUCCUGCAUUCUACUUUUGCACAAAGUACAGCAAAUGAUAAGAAUUGUUUUUCCUUUCUCUGAGGCUCAGAGGAUGUGAAACCCCCCCAGAAAUAUUCUUGGGGAGAAUUGUGCCUUGCUUUUCUCUGGGAAGAGAGAUGUGGCUGCAGAGGUGAACUGAGCUGUAACAAUUUCAGGGGUUCCUUUUGGGAUUUGCCUCCUCCUCCUCCUCCUCCUCCUCCUCCUCCUCCUCCUCCUCCUCCUCCUCCUCCUCCUCCUCCCAGCUCCAUGGGGAGAGGUU